GCUGCUGCAACCACGUAUACAAUACAAGACAAAACAAACGCCAGCGCUCUCCCUCUCUAUAAUCUCCUUUUCUCGCCCUUGGUAGAAAAGCUUAUCCCUCCUCCCGGUCUCUCUUCACUGUCACACUCCAUUUUCAGUACUUCCAAUUGACGCUAGCCUCCAACUUCUCCCUCUUCUAAAAAAGUCCCCUUUUUUUUUGUUUGGUAUUUUGUUUUAGUUUUCUGGUCUAAAAGCCCAUCUUCGAAAAAAAAAAAAAGACUCAAAAUUUGUGUUUUUCUAUUCUGGCUUUCCCAACUAUGGAAGCUUUUAGCUUGCUUAAGUAUUGGAGAGGGGGUGGUACUAAUGGUGGAGAUGGCGGUAAUGCAUGUGUUAAUACACGUUCCACCACCACUGCUGGCGGCACAACUACUAUUGUGACGGCCUUGACUACUCAUCAGGCGGUGGAUACGGAUGAUGAUGCUGACGAUGAUGGGCCUUUCUUUGACCUUGAAUUUGCGGUUCCUGAUGAGGAUGAAACAGAGGAAACAGAGGAACACGAAAAGAUUGAUGAAGAGGGAGAUAAUGUUGAUGAUGAAGAGAGUGAGGAUCAAAACGACGAUUUUGAUGCAAAAUCUGAUGAUGGCUGCUCGGAUGGUGAAAGAGAGUUCAACUUCACACUUUCCUCUGGUUCUAGCAACGACCGUUCUGAUCCAAACUUAACUCUAUCUCCAUCUGAUGAUUUGUUCUUUAAAGGUAGACUUGUACCAAUUGAGCCAAACUCUUCUUCAGACUCAAAGCCUCCUCAAUUCCCAGUCUCAUUGUUGAAAUCAGCCACCAAGUUUCGAGUUUUCUUGUUAAGGUUCAAGAAAUCAAAGCUCAACUCUACUGAAAAAACAGAGCCAGCUUCAGCUAAUGGCUCUGUUUCUGUUCCCACUGCCACACCAAAAAAACAAGAAACAACUCAAGAAGAAAACAACAACAACAAGAACAAGUUUUUUACUGUAAAAUUUAAGGUUGAAGAGGUUCCUCUAAUGUCUUUGUUUUCCAGAGACAACAGCAAGUCACAGAAACAGAAGAGCUCUGAAGACUCAGUUUCUGAUGAAAAGAAAUUCUCCAAAGAUGUAAUGCAAAAAUACUUAAAGAAAGUUAAGCCUCUUUACGUUAGGGUUUCAAGAAGGUACGGUGAGAAGUUAAGGUUUUCAGGGCAGUUAAGCUUGGGUUCUGUAAAACCAGCAACGCCACCGUCUACAGGGGCUCAGAAACCGGUUUCAGGGAAGGUGACGAUAGCGGAAAAAGGACAAGUGGAGUUGGAGGUUGGGGAGAAUCAGGUGAAUGGGAAGAACCUCAAGCAGGUGAAUAUUCCAGCAGGAAUUAGAGUGGUUUGUAAGCAUUUGGGAAAGAGUAGAUCGGCUUCCUCCGCCGUGGCUGCAGCUUCUCCUGCACCGGCUUUAUCUAAGAGGAGAGAUGAUUCUCUGUUGCAGCAACAGGAUGGAAUCCAAAGUGCCAUCUUGCACUGCAAGAGAUCCUUUAAUGGCUCUCGAGAUUCGUCAGAGUCUUCCGUGUUGCCAAGGUCAGUGAGUGAUCCAUCUCAUGAAAAGUCAAUUAAUUUGUCAAGAAAAUCAUCUCCGGAUGAAGCUAAAGCAUGAAUGCUUGAAAAUCCCAUCUCUGUAAGUUUUAAGAUCGACUCCCCAAAAAUUAAAAAGAAAAAAAAAGCGGGAAAAUUUGUCCUUUAUCAGUGAAUCAAUUAUGGAUUUGCUAUUUCAAGACAAGGAAAUCAGUUUUCACCUGUCAGUUAAUUCAGCAGCUUAAUUGAUUAUCUCUGUGUAAGUAAAUGUUUUUCUUUACUAGAUAAUGGGAAUUAUGAGGGAAAAAGAGCAGUAGCUUCUAGUGAGGAUGACUUGUUUAGUGGUUAGUAGUAGCUAGUCAUUCGCUUCUGCUCUCUCCCCCUACUGUAUGUAAACCUCUUCUUUCGGUGAAAGUGAAAGAAGAAUUAGAUCUUUGUAUCUAUCUUUAAAAAAAUCAAGUAUGAUAU